CAGCCACUGGUCUGGCUCGCUCGCUCAGCUCAGCUCACUGCACACGUUCACGGCGCUCAUCAAAAUUUGACUCACUCUCAUCUCACGUCGCGCGCCUCUCACCCCAACGGCCGCAUUCCUCACUUCUCCUACUGGUUUGCUUCACUUUUGCGAUACCUACUCAACUUCAAAUCUAUAGACUUACUGUCCCGACGACAUCUACGACGCCCCCGACAACGGCGACCGAGAGCAAAACACACAGUCAGGUCCUUUCGAGGGGGCGACAUCCCCCCUAACAGCGAAACCCCACGACGCCGUGAGCCAGCCCGAAACCCCCAAGAAAACCAUCCGCCAUGCGCCCGAACAAGGCCCCGCGAUGGGGGGCGGUGAGCCGCACCUCCGACAAAGCCUCCAUCCUCACCCUCCUCGGCAUCUCAGAGCUCCUCAAGCUCCGUGGUAAAUGGCGCAUGGCCCUGCGCCUCGGCACCUUCGCCCUCCGCCAGUCUCAGGGCUUGGGGACGCUGACCGAGGGGCUCGCCCUGCUGAGCGUUGGCCACGCCUAUCGCAACCAAACCCCCGAAGACUGGAUCUCGGCCCAGCACCACCUCCGCAUGGCGAAACUCCUCCUCGAGGGUCUCCCGACGAGUGAGGACCAGAUUUUCUACCUCAUGCGCGCCGUCCUUCUUCUCGGCGACACGCUCGUGCGACGCGAGGAUCUGGGCGACAUUGCCGAGGCCGAAGAGCUGGCUCACCUCGCCGAGCGCCUGCUGCGCCAGAGCCGCGAAGGGCGCUCAUCUGAUUCCGGCAGCAGCAGCAAGGGUAGGUCGUUCCGCUGGACACUCUUCACAGGCUCAUGGCGUGACUUUUGCCUACACUCCAUGGUCGAGCUGGGCGAAAUCUACUACUACACGAGUCGCUGGGCCGAAGGGGAGAAGCUGCUGCGCGAGCUGGUGCCCACGCUGGUGCGGCGGAGGGGCAAACGCCACGUCACGACGAUCGAAGCGCAGCGCGACCUGGCGAGCAUGCUUGUGAACCAGGACAAGUACGAAGAGGCUGAGAUCGCGUACCGCAUUGCGCGGGACUGGAACGAGGAGGUACCUGUCUUCGGACACGAAGAGAAGGCCGCCAUCGACUAUAACAUCGCAAUGUGCCUCUCCGAGCGCGGGCGGGACGAGGAGGCCCGCGUGGAGAUUGGCAACAUGGACCUAGCCGCCGACCUACUACACUACGCCAACGGCGAGUGGACGCUGAAGCUGGCGCGGCUCACGAGCCUGCGGCUGAAAAAGUACGACGAGGUCAUUGGGCUCUGCCGGCGCUUUCAGCGCGUGCUGGACGAGCACAGGGCCCGGUUCGGGGUCUGCAGCACCGUGACGCUGCGCAACAUGGAGGAUCACGUUACGGCGCUCAAGGCCUUGCGGAGGUGGGACGAGGCGAUUGUCAUCCUGCGCGACAUGUGCCGGCGUGAGGCGAGCGACGUCGCGCGCGUGGUUGAGCAGACGCUGGAGACGCGGCUGAACCUCGCGCAUACGCUGCGGUGUGCGGGGCUUCAUGAAGAAGCGGCGUACGAGUACCGCAAGUGUCUUGAGAUCGAGCGGGCGGCGUCCAACGACUUCCAGGACGAGGCGCAGAUUCGGAAUAUACUAAAGUACCUCGCGUACCUAUACGAGCUGGCGGGCGACAAGACGAACGCGCUGAUUGCGUAUUCGCAGCUGCAGAGGGAGUACUGGGGCCGGCCGAGCCAUCAUAGGAAUUUUAUAAAGUACGAGUGGUGCCGGGGCAAGAUGUUUAUGUUGCAGGGUCGGUGGGAGCACGCGUUGAAGCUGCUACUGGGCGCGCUUGCUGUCAAGAGGGGGAUCGAGACGGCUGUGUCCAUCAUCACAGGGUUGCCGAUCGAGGCAGUACAUGCUAUGCAACCUGGGAGGAGGGUACCCGAACCGACGCAACAGGACAUAUCAGAAGUCGACGACGAGACCGACGAGGAGGAACAAGAUCUCAAGGGUUUGGAAAAGGUGGACACUCGAGGUCAGGUUCAGGUCCAAGAGUUAGAUGGUCCGGAUACCUCUGAUGACGAAGCGGAGCAGCAGUCAUGGGAUGAGAUUGACUGGUGGGAAGAGGUCAUCAAGGACGCCGUGGACGCUGUACGGCGCGAGGAGCCUUUCCAGGCCUGCACGCCGCUCGACGAGGCUGACUCUGAGGUGGACGAUGAUGAUGUUGAGGAGACAGUGGACGCCGUGCUUACCCUGAAGAGCGGGUAUCCUGCCGUGCCUGCGGGCGACGAGUGGUCACAGCCGCAGUGGCCGCGGCUCCCGGAUACGUAUGAAGAGCUGGUGAUUCAGCAGCGAAGUGUUGUUGAGGAAAGUAGACCAUGGGUUCCGUGAGGGCAUUCAGGGACGAUGAUGAGGAGGGUCUCGAGGCGUUUGUUGCAUAAAACUUUGUUUGAUGAUAUCCGGAGUUGGGCAUGAUGCUUUGCAUCAGACGGUUUGGAGGAGUGUCUUUGUUGGCACUUCAUGCUGGUUGGAUCAAUGGAGAACGUACAUAAAGGUUGGACAGGACUGGAUAUAAUGACUUUUACGCCCCCUUGACUAUAAAAUAAUGACAUUGCAUAUUACUCUUCG